ACAACAACCAGAACCUCAUCGACGGCAAUUGCGACGAUGGCUGCCAUAAAUACGGUACCAAAGAGCAUCCACCUGCCAUUGACAACUAUCAGCAGCGCGCCGCGCGUGUUGAUGUGCAGCGCUUCCGUGGGCAACGAAGGAUCCGUGACUCUGCAACUGCGGGAUGCCAACGCCUUGGAGGCAGCGGCCACGAAAACAGCAUCAGCAUCAGCAGCAGCGGCAGCCACAUCAACGACGUCACCGAAUGGCGCUGCCAGUGCGCCAGCGUCGGCGCUAGAGAAUGCGCUGAACAUUGGCUAUCCGGAUCCGGAAAUGUUGGCAGAUGUCUUGGGCACCAUUCAGACAGCCUCUCUCAAGAACAACAACUCAAUCACAGCAGCAACUUCAAGCAAUAGCUCAGCCAAGUCGGCGGGCAGCAAUCAUUUAGCGAACCCCAACAAGAUAACCAUAACCAGGCGCAGUGUCCAGUCGGUCAGCACCUCGACGAAUUCGAGCAUCGGUGGCAGCGGCAAGACCAACACCAGCUACAUCAAGAACUGCUUGAUCCGCAGCAGCAGCUGCAGCAACACGGUCACCAAUGUCACAACAUUGGCGCAGAUUAUGAGCAACAGCAGCACGAGCAGCGCGGCCAGUUUACUCAAUCAGCAUAAUAAUAACAGCAAUUGCAGUAAUAGCAGCAACUUUAGCACCGCCUCCUCAGUGGGCAGCAGCAUUAGUGUCGGUAGCAACAGCAGCAGCAACAGCAACUGCAGCAACGGCAGCAACAGCAACAGCAACGACAGCAACAGCAGCAGCGGCGGUGGACACAGUUUGAGCUUUAAGUGCACCACCGGACGGCAUGUUCCCGCUGGUGGAUUGAGCUCAUCAUCGGGGGCAUCCACGAAUGGUAGCGGCACCGUCAGCGGUAUCGACAUCAUAAGCGUCGAGGCGCCGCGCAAGAAUCGCCCCAAAUUAUCAUCGCCAACGCGUCACGGACCGCAGCAGUGUCAGAUUUGUUGCAAGAUCUUUGGAAAUGCCUCGGCGCUGGCCAAGCACAAACUGACGCACAGCGACGAGCGGAAAUACAUCUGCGCGCUCUGCUCGAAGGCAUUCAAGCGGCAAGAUCACUUAAACGGACACAUGAUGACUCAUCGGAACAAGAAGCCUUACGAGUGUAAGGCGGAUGGCUGUGGCAAGUCCUACUGCGAUGCCAGAUCCUUGAGGCGCCACUCGGAGAAUCACCAUGCCGGUGGAGCAGCCACGCCCACCACCGGCCACCAGUCGCUCUCGCCCACCGCCCACAGCUCGAGCGGCACGAGCGGCAACAGCAGCAGCAGCGGCAGUAGUGUGGCCACCAGCUCCCUGAGCCUCUCGCCGGCCACCGCGAGUGGAGAUGCCAGCUCCCCCGAUGGAGCCACCUGCAUUCGCACCUACAUUUCCACGGGCAGCUCGGUGGUGGAUGCGGCCACUGGAAUCGCCCUGUCGGAGGAACAAAUCAAGGCCAUGAAUCUGCCGAUUAAGACGGGCGUGACCCUGUUGUCGCCCACCACUUCGACCUCCUCGAAUGCCUCCUCCACGGCCUCGUCGGCCAGCUCAACGCUUUCCUCAGCGGGCUCGGGAUCGGGAUCGGUAUCGGGCUUGGGUUCCGGAUCAGUUUCGAUGGCUCCCUCGCCAUCGAUGGCCGCCAGCUCGCCCACCAUCACGCUCAGCGAUGGCAUGAAUCUGGAGGGCGAGGGCCUGACCCGCGAACAGUUGGAUCUCAUCAGCAAGAUUAUGCAGCAGACGAAGCAGACGAGUGCCCAGGUCACCGUCUCCUCGCCCACCAGUGUCAACUCCUACAAGAUCAACACCAGCUCGUCGCCAUCGCAGAACAGACCGCGCACCUGGAACAUGCAAUUGCUAAAUAGGGCCCAGAAUGUGACCGUCACCGUUGAGGACAACACGGAAAUGGCCACCCCCUCCUCCAACUCACCCGUGGAGGUCAAGGAGGAGGAGCUGAGCCCACAGCUAGUGAGCAACAUGAAUCCCCACCUGCUCAACAUCGUGAAGCUCGACAAGCCGGUCGAGUGCAAUCUCUGUCACCGCAAGUUCAAAAACAUACCCGCCCUCAAUGGGCACAUGCGUCUGCAUGGCGGCUACUACAAGAAGGAUCCGGAAACCAAGAGGAGCGAGAAGAAGGACUCCAGUGGUCCACCCCUGCAGACGGCGAGCAUUGGAGUGCGCGCCCUUAUCGAGGAAAAGAUCAUCAGCAAGCGCAAGGACAUGACUAAGGGCUCCUUUGUGGUUCCGGCGCCUCCGCACAGCAGUGGCACCACCACCACCCUGCGGCGAUCGAUCAGCGACCUGGAGAGCUUCCUCAACCCGAAGACGAGCACCAGCAGUCACAGCCAGACGAUGACCACCACUACGGGCACCACCACAGCCGUUCUCCCGGCGGCCACGACGAUCAAGAGCAGCAAUGGGCUCAGUAUCCAGCAGAUUGGCCUCCCGCAGAGCAUCGAGAUCUUCAGCGGGGGUCAGAAGCAGGCCAAGACCCUCAAUCUGGGCAGCGGCACCAAUACGAUCACCAUAACCACCAACAAUGUACCCACCACUACGACGAUGAGUGCUCUAACUGCCUUAAAGGCGGGCGGCACCAUCAGUGGCAUUUCCACGGCCACCAAUACGGAUCCCAAGGACUCCACACUCAUCGAGCUGCUCAAGCGGGGCACUCGCAUAGCGGUCACCUCGAAGAAGGCACAAUCGCAGGGCCAAACGGGAAUGAUGACAUCUACGAGUGGACUGGCCACAAAUGCCGUCACCGAGUUGACCACCAUAGGAGGCAGUGGCCGGCAGAUCAUCACCAACAAUAACCGCACCGUGAUCAUACCCUCCGAUGUCCAGGUGGUGUCCACCAAGAGCAAGCUGAGCAGUCUGAGCAGUCUGGUCAAGAGUAAUAUCACCAGUAGUUCCUCGGGAAAUCUUUCGCUGGCCGAUGGAACGCCUCUCUCGCUGACCAUUGCUCCCAACCAGGAGAUCACGGGAGGCGGAGGAGGAGGCGGAGGAUGUGCCAGUGGAACGGGAAGUGUGAUCACGAGCGGAGGCGGGGGCGUCUACACGGUGACCUACACCAGCGACGGGAGCGAUCUGUUCGACGAUGCCGAGGUAUACAACGUUUCGGACACCGAGAUGCUGCUGCAGACGGUGGACUCCAUGGAGCUGCUCAACGACGAGGAGAUCAAGAGCGAACAUUCCGAGGACUUUGCCCUGCUGAGCGAAGCGGGCGACAGUGCGCACACCCAGCUGGUGAAACUGGAGCCGGAAAGUGGUCAAGCCAACGCCGGAAACUCUGGCAACGGAAGCAUUUCGGGUUCAAAUACCACAACGCCGCUGCCCACCUUCCAGCAAUUCCAUUCCAAGGAGCUGAUCAUGCAGAACAGUUCGCAGAUCCAGGCGAUAGCCAGCAUGCGGGGAGGAAGUGGAGCCAGCGGUGUCCUGGCCUCGCCGCUCCACUCUCCGCUGGCCUAUCCCACCCCGCCCUCGAGCCACGAGAACAUGGCCCAGAGUUCGCCCUUCAUCGAGGAUGCAGCCGCCCAGUUUGUGGAUGCCAGCAACACGUUCUUCGGCGACAAGACGGACUUCUCGCACAUCUACUUCAAGACGGACGAGGGCGAGGCCACCAUUGAGCAGCUGAACGAGCACGACAACGAGAAGAUCCUGAAGCUCAAGUCGGUGCUGGAGGAGAGCAGCUUCGAUCCCUCUAUUAAAGUUGAGGAUCUGCUGAAUGGCACCGACGAUGACACCGAGUGUGAUUUGCGCGAGUUCGCCGAGACGAACCUCUCGUUUCUGGACGAGGAUCAGGAGUUCCUGAAUGACUCGCGCAAUGCCACCUCGCCGCUCUCGGAAUCCUUCUUCACCAGCGGCAUUGGUUCCGCGGAGGAUGUGAAGCAGGUUCUGCGGGAAGUCCUGCCCGAUGAGAACAUGCAGUUGCAGCUGACAAGCGAGCAACAGGGCGAGAACAUCAUCGAUCUCUACUAUCUGCCUGGGUUGGGCCUCCAAUCCCAGAUGAUGCCCAAUUCGGAGGACCCCUUGCUCUCCUCGUCACCGCGGGAGUUUGGCCAGCAAAGGCAGCAGAUGGCUCUGCAGGCCACCCUGGAUCAGCCAAUUCAGGGGAACAUUUACCAGCAGCAGCAGCAGGAGCAGCAGCAACAGGAGCCACAGCAGCAGCAGCAACAGGAGCAACCACAGCAACAGCAACAAUUGCUGCUGCCCCAGCAACCACUCAAUCAAACGGAAUCCCUGCCAGCAGCUGUGGUUCAGCAACAACAGCAGCAGCAGCAGGGUGACUUCAUGCUGCCCCUGGUGGGUGGCCAUGGAUUCACUCAAGUCACCAGCCAAACCCAGUAUAUAGACAACAGCCAGGGAGCAAGCAACAUGACCAUGCAGCCCCUCAACAGCCUGCUGCAGCCACUGCUUUAUAAUGGGGCAGGCACUUCCUCAGCCGGGGGCACUGAAUCGCUGCUCACCACCACCAGCGAUUGCCAACUGAAUGCCAAUCAAGGACAAAUCGAUGGGGGCCUGCUGUUCGCCUGUGGCAAUGCGACCACCACGACAGCAACCAUGGCGAGCAGACCGCUGAGCGGCCUCCUGCCGAAUCCACCGAGUGUGGCCAAUCUGCAGCCGCUAUCCAACCAAACCAAUUCCAUACUGAAGCGCCGCCUGCGCUCCAAUGCUCCCCAGGAGACGCACAAGUUCUCCAAGUUCCACACCCUGUCGCCGCAUCGCUCCAAGCUGCGCAAGCCAUCGCGCACCCACUACACGCCGGCACCCAUCCUGAAUCCGGAUCGCAAGGGCACCGGGCUGUACUGCAAUGUGCGCAAGCAACUCGGCCAGGGUCUGUUCGAUGCCUUCGACGAUGACUUCGGGGACUCGGUGGGCCUGGUGGACUUCUCCGAUGAGUCCAAGGUCAAUUUGGGCUCAACGUACCAGGCGCAGAUACCCAGUUGUCGGCCGAUGGACGAGGCAGCAAGGGAUUCGUCGGGCGCCGAGCUGAUGUGGAAUCCCGAGGUGCAGGAAGACGACAAGAUCCUGAUGCGCUACAUUGAUCUCAGCAAGUCGUCGGCCGUGCCCAUGGGCAGUCAUUCCGAGGAGGUGGCGCUCCAAACGCUGCUCAAGGCCAAGGGUAACUCGGCGGCGGCGGUGCUUAGUCUGCUGCAGACGCAAUCGGGCGCUUUCCAGAUGAAGUGGACCGCCUACGAGCUGGAGCAGUUCUUGCGGGGAUUGGAGAAGCACGGCAAGGACUUUGGCAAGAUUGCCAGUGAGCUGCAGACAAAAUCCUCUGGCGAUUGUGUUCAAAUCUACUACUUCUGGAAGAAACUCUGCGUGGACUACAAGGUGUCGCACUUGAAGAUGGAGCCCGUGGUCGUAAUUGCUCCCGCUGUGGAGAAGCCCUAUGUCUGCGAGAUCGCCGACUGCUCAGCGAGCUUCAGUUCGAAAGCAGCGCUGCACGGUCAUGUCCGCAUACACGCUUAUGGCCGCAGUGCCAGCAGCAACACCAACAACAGCAGCAGCAGCAACACUAGUAGCAGCGGCAACAUGCAACAGGCCACGGCAAAUAGUGCCAAUUCCUCCCAUAGCAACACCAACAGCAGCAGCAGCUACGCAUGUGCAACACUAGCCAACAGCAGCAGCAGCAAUUGCAAUAACCCAACCAGCAAUGCCACGCCAGCAGCAGCAGCAAUACACGCCAGCAACAUGGGCCAAAACGGCAGCAACUGCAAUACCAAUUCAAAUGCAACGACAGCAGCAACGUCGACGCUUUCGGCCACGCCCAAAUUGGAGGCGGUCAAUGGCAACACUGCGUUGCCAGUUGCCAAGGAGGGCGAGUUUCCCUGCAAGGUGUGCGGCAAGGUCUUCAAUAAGGUGAAGAGUCGCAGUGCGCACAUGAAGACGCACCGCGUCCAGGACUCAGAUCAAAAACACCAGCUGAAUCACCAGGCUGGAACAGGAUUGACCACCGUCGCCUCAUCAACCAUCACCGCCCCGUCGUAGGGACCGCUACCCAAAACGAUCGAU